AUGGUUCUUGAUCCUGAAGGAGUGGAGAUGAGAAGUAGACAUUGUCUUACCAGAAGACAGUAUAGAAAUUCUGGGCCAAAUUUUCUUGUGCACAUUGAUGGAUAUGAUCAAUUAAAAAGCUUUGGAUUUGCCAUUCAUGGUGGCAUUUGUGGGUUUUCAAGAAAAGUGCUUUGGCUAAAAGUAGAUAGGACCAACAAUGAUCCAGCUGUUGUUGAUUCAUAUUACAUUGAUUUCAUCAGAGAAAUUACAGUUCUAAUGGACUCUAUUUGUGUGCAUUAUAACGUUACAAUUGGUGUCCAGUGUGAGGGGAUGUAGACAACUGCCAAACCGGAGUUGCAGUACACACACAUUUCCCAGGCCAAGUCUCGGGACGAGACUUUUGGAGGGGAAAGUGAUGUAACGCUGAUGGUAGAACGUCAUAAUACUCAUAAUGAGCAUAACAGUAUGCACAUACUAAAGGUGGUGAAUUAACAUGCAAAAAAGUAUCCAAAGUAAAUGGGCAUAAACCACUUUCUGUGGUGAGCAAGCUUUUCACCGACAGUCUUUUCAGUACGUGAAAUCGUUACACUUCUAACCAUCAUGUUGCUGUUUUAUUUUGUUUAUAACGUGUAAAGG